GCCCCGCGCAGGCCGCAGCCGCCAUGGCCGCGCUGCACGCCAAGGCCGGCGGACCCCCGCAGAUCCCCGACACCCGGCGGGAGUUGGCCGAGCUGGUGAAGCGCAAACAGGAGCUGGCGGAGACGCUGGCCAACCUGGAGCGGCAGAUCUACGCCUUCGAAGGCAGCUACCUGGAGGACACGCAGAUGUACGGCAACAUCAUCCGCGGAUGGGACCGUUACCUCACCAACCAGAAGAACUCCAACAGCAAAAACGACCGCAGGAACCGCAAGUUUAAGGAGGCCGAGCGGCUCUUCAGCAAAUCCUCGGUCACCUCUGCCGCGGCCGUCAGUGCGUUAGCUGGAGUCCAGGAUCAGCUCAUCGAGAAGCGGGAGCCGGGCAGCGGGACGGAAAGCGACACUUCUCCAGACUUCCACAAUCAGGAGAACGAGCCCAGCCAGGAGGAUGCUGAGGAGCUGGAUGGAUCCGUGCAGGGGGUGAAACCCCAAAAAGCCGCUUCCUCCACUUCUGGGAGCCACCACAGCAGCCACAAAAAAAGGAAGAACAAAAAUCGGCACAGAAUAAAGCUGUCUUCCCUGCAGUAGAGGAAGAUUACAGCCCUGGCCUCCUGUGAUUGUUCCUUGGUUUCUACAGGGCCAAGGAAGAUAGGAUUGUCAGUGCUUUCUGUGGAGAAGGAGGAUGGAAAGCAACUUAGAGUGUUUUGGGGGCUGCUGACGCUCAGUAUCUUUACUACGUUUUCUACUCCAAACCUUUCUGUUGCUGUGUCCCAGAGUCCUUUGAUUGCAGCAUGUACAAAUGGCUUUAUCACACAAAGCACGAGUUUUUAUUAUUAAACUGCCCUGAAAUUCACAUGAAACAGAUUUCCUGAACUCUUUAUGAUUGAAUUCAGUUGACCACUUCGGCGUGCCUUCAAGGCGUGAUGCAGCACAGCGGGCUGAUGGCUCAGAAAUUGGGGAUCAUUGAAUUGCAGUGCUGCUUUCCCUGGGUCAGCGUAACCUGCACAUUGGGUUCUUCUUAUUGAGCUCGUUGGCUUUGGGUAUGGAUGGACGUUCCUCUUUGAGGAGCCUUCCCACACAAUUGCAAAUGUUUUAAAGAAUAGUGAUAGAUCUCACAGAGACUGCUGGGCAAAGGUCAGUAUGGGAGACACCACGGUAGGUAUAGUGCCUGAAAACUAAUGAACUACUUCUCCUUAUUAGUUAGGUUUUCUGUCAUUAGCAUUUUUAAUUGCUAGGUCAGGAUUUUCUUCCUGCAGCGGCCUUAAUCAGGCACACAUCCCAAAGUAUUGGAUGUCCUUUUUGGUCCCUCCUGAGUUAGGAAGCAGCAGCAGGUCAGAAGUGUUUUUUAGCCCGCAGGUAGUUGGGAGGAAGGCCAGGAGUAACAGAGUACAUCUCUAAGCCACUUCAGAGAAACAAUCAGUACAACUCUAAGCACAGCAUCAGAACGUUGCUAUUUCAAAGAGAUUACAAAGCACUGCUGAACACUUACGUGGACCACAAAGCAAUCUGCUGCAGGUACAGUGGGGUCCGGUGCAAAUGCCAUAAAUAAUAUGAACUCUUUUGCUCCAUUACAUAACCCAAACUGUAGUGACAGGAGUUAGGAAGAAACUGCCCAACUGAAAGCUUGUGUUGCUUUGGGGUUUCUUCUGCAUUCCUUCCUGUGAAGCAGCUGUACGGGCUACUGUUGGAGACAGAAUAUUGGACAUGAGGAGCCCGGUCUGAUCUGGUAUGGCAAUUCUUAUCAUCCUAAGAGAUGCAUCUAAAGUACGGAAAGGAUUUUGCAGUUGUUCUGUGAUGCUUAGCAUGGCCAGGUAGGGGGAAGUGAUUACAUUUGUAAUGCAAACUGUUAGAAGUUGUAAUUGCUGCUAACGACUGUCCCCUAAAUUUCAGCAGAAGAGCCCCAGCGAUCUUCAAGUAUAGCUAGGUUUAAACCAGACAAAAGCCAGUCCCAGUCUUUUUAAUGGCCCGGCUCAUUCAGAAGCUCUUUCAUUUCCAGCAUACAUUUGGGUUCUGCUCACCUGCUCCUGAAGGGCUGGGAGGUGCUGGGGAUGGACGCUCUGAAGGUGCACUGACUCCAUGGAGCUCCUCUUAUUCCCACUCCUUUGUCACCGGUGGCAGUGAGGAGAGUUGGAUUCAGAGGGGGCAGAGCCGGUGGGAAUAGCUGCUUUAAUUUCUGACACUUAAAGCAGGGGGUCACUGUGGCAGUGUUUUAUUGAAGCCAUCCUCCGUUCCCUCAGACCAGAGAAGGCCCAGAUGAUGAUUUUCUGUGCGUUCAGCAAUUCUCACGGCUUAAAAAGUGUUCCAGGGGAAAACAGUCCUCCUUCCUCUUAGGGAUCCAGUGCUGGGAAGUGCCGAGUAGAGCAGUGAGCUUUGGGGCAGAGCGCGGUGCCAUCGGUGUGAGUGCUGAGACGUGGGGUGGGAAUGCAACAAGCCACAGUUAAACUCAGCCGUGGCACUGUUACCUUCAGAGCUCCCAGGGGGAUGUGGGUGUAGGGGUGCGUGGUGUGUGCAUUUUGGGAGCGUCGGUGCAUAUGUGGCCACGUAGCUUCAUGGUUGUCUCCACCUCUGCCUGAAUAAGCUUUGCUUUGCUUGAUCAUCUAAACAAAGCCACUGCUUUCUGACCACCCGUUGGGUUUUGUGAGCAAAUCUGCUUUCUGAUCUGCCCCUGAGCUCCUGUGCAGCCCUCAGCACACAGCAUUCCCUGCGUAACACCGCUCCUAACACCUCCCCACCCCUGAGAUCCACCUGGGAAUGGGGCUCUGUCAGAUCUGCAGUGCUUUUUUGUGCCCCAUUCUGUUAAAGGCACCUCUCAGAACCUGAUGGCGUUUGAACACUGGCUUUUAUUUAUUUACCUACUUAUUUAUUUUUAGUAUUCUCGCUAGGGUGGCUAAUCGACUAAUUGAUUUAAUUCGUUAGUGUAUUAAUUUCUAUUGCUUUCUUCCUUUCAAAUGCUGCCCCUCAGCCCGUCUGGCAUGUUUGAUUAUGACUUUGAGUAAGUUUGACUUGAAUUAGUACUUGUGCUGUGUUGUUAGUGUGUAGACACCAAUGUGCCUUUUGAGACCUUUCUAACCCAUAGUUUAUCUGUUUAAUUGUAGGUAUGUAUAUUAGGUUAGGCUGGGAAGUUUUUUUU